AUGGGACUGGACACUGCUGGUAGUAGCAGCGGCGCAGCUGCCGAUGCGCCGCCGACUGCCGGCCAUGUGAUUGCUCUGACGGGCGCCUCGUUGGCAACGGCGCCUGCGUUGCAGGUUAUUGUUCUGGGCUCAGGAGGCGGCCCUCUAGAAAGCAACGUCACCGCGUUCCUCGUCCGUUCCCUCGCCUCCGGCUGGAGCAAAGGCUCCGUGGUUGCCGUCGACGCAGGCGUCCAUCUCAGCGCCAUCACCCGCAUCCUUGAACAGUCUACCCCCGCCGACCUAGGCAAGCCCGACGGCACCCCCCUACCCUACACCAUCCCUAAAGGCCCCUUCGCCGGCCUUCAAGUACCCCACGCAAGACCCGACGCCAACGCCGCUCACAUCUUCAAAAACCUCAUCGAGACCUUCCUCAUUACCCACCCUCACCUCGACCACAUUUCCGGAUUUGUGAUUAACACCGCCGGCCCGCCGGGCGCCCGUCCCAAACGCAUCGCUGGGUUGCCUUGCACCAUCAAUGCUCUGAAAACGCAUGUCUUUAAUAACGUCAUUUGGCCUAACCUCAGCGACGAGAACAAUGGUGCCGGACUGGUAACCUACAUGCGCCUCGUCGAAGGCGGCUCCCCCGCCCUAGGCGAGGGCGAAGGGAAGGGUUUUGAUGCCGCUGCCUCGGUGGGGCCGUCUACAGGGAGUUUGGCUGCUCCCAGCGGGGCAGCGAGCAUCAGCAUGCUCAGCCCGGCGAGGAAUCCCCAGCUAUACACCUCCGCACCACCAUCCACACUAAGUGCGUUCCUACAACAGCAGGAAAGGAUGCAAUCCUCCGGCCGGCGGGGCAGCCCUUUCUCUAGCGUCCCGCCCGCAGACGAGUCGAUUUGCGUCUACGACAGCUCGGCGUACUUCCUGCGAGACGUCGCCACGGGCCGCGAGAUCCUCAUCUUUGGCGACGUCGAGCCUGACAGCAUAAGCCUGUCGCCAAGGAACAGGCAGAUCUGGCAGGAGGCGGCGCCGAAAGUAGUCAGCGGCAAGCUGGUGGCGAUUUUUAUUGAGUGCAGUUUUGACGACUCGCAGACGACGGAUCGCUUGUUUGGGCAUUUGACGCCGCGGUUUAUUUUCGAGGAGAUGAGUGCUCUUGCGGAGGAGGUACUUGCGCUCAGGAGGGCGGAGAUGGUGGUGAGAGACGGGAGCUGCGCUGGAUGUGUCAACACAGACAAGAAGCGGAAACGGGGUGUGGAGGAUGAGGAUGAUGGAGCUGUUGCUGCCAAGCGCAGAUCAACGCCGACUCCCCAACAACCGCGUGAGAUGAACCACCACCAUCUUGAUGUCCCUGUCUCUCCUAAGACCCGUCACGCUUUUGGCUUGGGCGCCGCAGAUACACUACCUAAGUGCCAUCCCCCGAUUGUUGCAGCCGCGACAGGCCGCAACCCGCGAAGUGUGCCCUCCCCAUCAUCACCAAAAUUGGAUGGCAUUGAUGGCGAUGUUGAUGUUGAUCUGCCUGAUAAUGAUGGGGCUGAUAUGGAUGUGUUGCAAACAGAAAACGGCCACGACCACGACCACGACCACGAUCAUGACCAUGACGAGAGCGAGGAGGGCGUCUCUUCGCUCUAUGAUGGCGCGCUGAGUUCCGUUGCAGAUACCACUGCCGCCAGCACGGCUGUGUCCACACCGUUGACGGGGACGUCGCUUGCGCCGGCGCCGGCGCCGGCGCAGGGGGGGGGGUAUCACCUCCCAUCCGCGUUCUUCUUGUCCACAACAGCAGCGGCCGCAGCAGGAGAACAUGUCCAUUUCCCAGCCACAACCCUCACAACCCUCACAACCCCAGGGUCAAACCUUCCACCCCACUGCCGAUCUUCAUACAACACAGCCAUACUCGUUGGAGGGUGCGCUACGCGGGCUGAAGGUGGUGAUUAUCCAUGUUAA